ACUACUUGAUCAUUAAUUCAUCACAAACAAUAUGAUACGUUUUAUCUGGCUUUAAUGCAUUUGUAAAUAAGUACCACACUAGACAGUACAUAUGAAACUGAGAUUGCUGAUAAAAUCGACUAUUUAUAUGUUAAUCUUUGAUUUCGGACUGGUAAAGUCAUAGUGCACGGCGCGAUUUUAAUUUGUUUGUUAGUGUCUUAUUAGUGUUGUGCGGGGACAUGUGCGAGCCGAUUACUAUGCUGGACAUAUUCACCUGCCUGUUGGGCGCCCUAUUCUUCAUAUUCAUCGGCUUCAGACCACCGUGGCAACCAAAAAAGCUUCAAGACUUCCGCCACAAAGAAGUGCAAGACAUUCCAGGCCCUCUCUCGCUACCAUUGAUCGGAACCAGGUGGCUGUUCACCAUCGGACGGUACCAAAUGUCGAAAAUUCCGGAGUUUUACAAGGACAUGCUACGGAAAUACGGUGUCAUCUUCAAAGAGGAGGCUUUGUAUAAUGUGCCCAUUAUUAGUGUGGUGGAGCGCAGCGACAUCGAAACGGUGCUCAAAAGCACCGGAAAGUGGCCUAUGAGGCCUCCAACAGCCGCCGUUGCAAAAUACCGCAAAGCUCAUCCGGAACGAUACGCAAGUACUGGACUAGUGAAUGAACAAGGGGGAAAAUGGCACUUCCUAAGAACCUCCUUGACCACUGUGCUGACUAGCCCCAAAACCAUCAACGACUUUCUGCCUCAAAUGGAUGAAAUUGCAGACGACUGGUGCCACUUGAUCAAGCAGAGGAGGUACCGCGAUGGUCGCAUUGAUCAUCUGGAAGAAUUGGCAGGCCGAUUGGGACUGGAAGCUACUUGCGCUUUGGUGUUGGGUCGCCGGAUGGGAUUUUUGAUUGAGGAUCAGCGCUGUGAAGUGGCUGAGAAGUUGGCGCAGUCGGUGCACGAUAAUUUCGUUGCCUGUAGGGAUACGUACUUUGGGUUGCCCUUUUGGACAGCCUUCCCCACGCCCAACUAUAAAAAGCUGUGUGAAAGCGAAAGGAACAUGUACGAGUUUGCAUCCGAGCUGAUCAAAACGGCCGAUGAAUCGACAAAAGACAGCGCAGUCUUUCAGUCGGUUUUGGGAGCCCACAUAGACGAGCGAGAAAAGAAGUCUGCCAUUGUGGACUUUCUGGCAGCAGGAAUUUACACUCUGAAGAACAGCCUGCUGUUUCUGCUGUACCAAAUCGCGAUGAAUCCGGAAUGUCAGAAGAAAAUCCUCGAGGAUACCACCAAGACGUACCUGAAGGCAUGUUCAAUGGAAACCUUUCGAUUGUCGCCAACGGUUCAUGCGCUAGCUCGAGUGACCGACACCGACCUGGUGCUAUCCGGGUACAAAGUCAGCGCUGGAACUGUCGUGCUGUGCCAAUCAGCGCUAGCUUGCCAAAGUGAGAGAAACUUUAACGACGCCAAAGCUUUCAAGCCAGAAAGAUGGUUAAACGAGGAGAAAAACCAGACGUCGGCAACAGCAGCUUACCUGGUCACCCCUUUCGGUUACGGAAAGAGGAUUUGCCCAGGGAAGCGUUUCAUUGAGAACGCAUUGCCAAUUGUUCUGGAGCAAAUGGUGCAGAAGUUCGUCAUUACGACCGAACGUCCCUUGGAAGUGGUCUUCGAGUUUUUAGUGUCGCCCAAGGAGCCCAUUUCCAUGACUUUCAAAGACCGAACGUAGCUGACCUUUGGCUCGUUAAACGUGUAUAUAUCGGUUUCAAUCAAACCAAAGUAAAGUAAAGGAAAUAAUGAUUUUUUAAUAUGAACAUUGUUCUAUGGUGUCUAGUGCAGUUUCUGUGAUAAAAACUAACCUGAGCGAAAUUAUUCAACUUUUAUAGACAAACCAGUAAGUUUGCAAUGAAAUAUACAAUGUUUUACAGUU